AUGUCUAUUACAGUAAAAGCAUAUUUGCAGACUGCCGACGACAGUCAAGAAAUUCGUCGAUUUGCUGUGGAUCAGGGUGCAUCCACUAGCUACGAGUACCUGUCCAUGAAAGUAAUACAAGUAUUCCCAUCUAUUGGACGGUCGGAUUCCUUUACCCUCUCAUACAAAGAUAGUGAGGGUGACUUUAUUGCUUUCUCUAGUGAUAAUGAAUUGGUGGACGCUCUUGGGCAACUCAGUGAAGAUAUCUUCAGAGUUUACAUCAAACCUUCUGGUAUCAAAUACCAAAGUGACGAAUCAAAAUGCGGUGAGAAAGUAUUUCAUCCUGGUGUGAUUUGUGAUGGUUGUGAAGGCCGUAUCUAUGGACCACGUUUCAAGUGUGUGGUGUGUCCGGACUAUGAUCUGUGUAAAGGUUGUGAAGAGAAAGGACUUCAUCCUGAACAUGAGGUGAUUAAGAUCCGCAAGCCACAGAUUGGUCGUAGUCAUAUGGGGGGAUUCUCCUUCCGUCCGGGUCUCUGGCGACUCUUCAGUGGUUUACGACCCGGAAUGGCUCAUGAAUGCGGUCGCAUGUGGAGACAAAGAAACCAAGAACAAACAGAGAAGUGUCCUGAAGGUGAUGCACCAGCCGAGGAAGGUGCUUCUGAGAAUCCAACUGAGGGGGCCAACCCACAAGAGGAUUAUAUGAAAAAUGUUGGUGAUGCAGUAGCUGACAUGUUGAAACCAUUUGGUAUUGAUGUCGAUGUUGAUGUAGAAAACCAUGGCAUGCGUAAACGUUGUGGUAGGGGACAUUGCGGUAAAGGUCCUGGUCCUGAUCAUCCAUGGGGUAGAGGUCCAUAUGGUUGUAGAGGACGUGGUGGUCGUGGUGGCCAAGGUUUUAGAUGUCAACGUCGCAGAGCUCAAGCUGAAGCCCAAACUGAUGCUGAAAAAGCAACCACUUCAACUGAUAACCAAGACAAACCACAGGAAGAACCAAUGAAUGAUGACACUACAGCAACAAAGAAUAAUGAAGAAAAUUCUUCACCAAUGGAAACUGAAAUGCCUGCUAAACAAAGCCAAGGUGGAUCAAGUGAUGAGAAUGAUUGGACUGUAGUACAAGAUCCAAUCAGUUCUGAACCACAAGAUUUUGAUAAUACUGACAUUAUGCCUGAACUGAGAAAUCCUUCUCCAAAGGAUAGCAAAAUAGCGCAAGCAUUGAAGCAGAUGAAAGCGAUGGGGUUUGAUGACGAAGGUGGUUGGUUAACUCAACUUUUAGAUGCCAAGGGUGGUGAUAUUGGUCGUGCAUUGGACGCUAUAAAGAUGGGUCAUCACAUGGAAUGA